CCUCACCCACAGGCCGUUCUGUAGUGGCGACUUUUAACUUGCCGGCUGCGUCACACGAGGGGACGGUGACGAGUUUGUCAGGCGCCCGUCAGUCAGAGAAAACUGUCCGUUAAAGUGUUCGGGGAGCCGCUUUCUACGGCUACAGCACGGAAAGCCUCUGUCUGCUAUACAGGAUGCAGUGCUGAUCUGAUGGGAAUUCUACAACUUUAUAAUGUCAAAGACAUCUUGCAGAAGAAAAGUAACUUCUGCUAAGAUCACAGAUUGGGUAGAGCCAUCAUUUGAAAACUUUUUUGGAAGCUCACGUAGAGUCUCAGUUCAGACAUCUGAAGCUACUAAAAGAGGGGCCAAGAAGAAAGAUGACUCUGUAGAAACCAAGUCUCAGGGAACAAAGAGAGCAAACCCCUUUUCCUCAGAUCAGUCAAAUGAUCAAAUUAACCAAUCCUCCAGUCAGGUUCAGAAUGAGACGUGGAUUGAUAACUACAGACCUAAACUUCAGGCAGACCUUGCUGUACACAAGAAGAAGAUUGAGGAGGUUGAGACCUGGCUGAGAGCUCACGUUGGGCAGAAAAAGAGUGGCUCUGUUUUGUUGCUCACCGGGCCUCCUGGCUGUGGAAAGACUGCAACCAUCCUAGUGCUUGCCCAGGAAAUGGGGAUCCAGAUACAAGAAUGGGUCAACCCUGUAAUGCAGGAGUUUAAACAGGAUGAGCCAGCAGUUUUUGAUCGAGGUAUGGGAUUCCAGCCUUUUACUAGUCAGUCUCAAUCUGCUCAGUUUCACGACUUUCUUUUAAGAGCAAAUAAAUAUAAUAAGCUGCAGAUGUUUGGAGAAGAACCUUGUACAGAUAGAAAGCUCAUCAUUGUUGAUGAUAUGCCUAAUUUAUUUUAUAGAGACCCUUCAAGUUUACAUGAUAUUCUCAGGACAUUUGUGAGGACGGGACGCUGCCCUCUAGUGUUCAUCAUAUCAGACAGUCUUAGUGGGGAUAGCCAUCAAAGACGGCUGUUUCCAAAGGAAAUUCAGGAAGAAUUAUUUGUCUGUAAUGUCAGUUUUAAUCCAGUUGCCCCCACCAGUAUGAUGAAAGUUCUGACCCGAAUUGCUACAUCAGAAGCUGCUGUGAGUGGGGGAAAAUGUGUUAUUCCAGACAAGCAAGCACUUGAGUUACUGUGUUCUGGAAGCACUGGAGACAUCCGAAGUGCCAUUAAUAGCCUGCAGUUCUCCGCACUUAAAGACUCUUCCUUAUCGAGUGUCUUCUGCUCUAAAAAGAAAAGCAGAUCGACAAAGUCAGAUAAAACAUCAUCCAAGGGGAAGAGUAAAAAGAAAUCUGACAAAGUUAUGGAAAAUGCAGAUGAUAUCCAAGCCAUUGGAGGAAAAGAUGCUUCACUUUUCUUAUUUAGGGCAUUGGGAAAAAUACUUUACUGCAAAAGAGAGGCACCAACCCCUGACUCCAACUUCCAAAAAUUGCCAGCUCACUUGUCUCAACAUGAGAGAGACCUGCUGCUUGUCCUUCCUGAGGUUGUUGUAGAGAAAUCACAUAUGCGAAGCGAGCUGUUCAACCUCUAUCUUCACCAAAACUAUCUGGACUUUUUCUCUGAUAUUGAUGAUGUUGUCCGAGCCAGCGAGUACUUUAGUACAGCAGACGUUCUCACUGGGGACUGGAAUUCCCGGACAACCCUCAAUGUAUACAGCUCAUCGGUGACCUGCAGAGGAGUUAUCCAUUCCAACAGCUCCAGGGCUUUUGCCAACAGUCAGUCAGGAGUUGGAUUUCGGCCUCUUCACAAACCACAAUGGCUUAUGGUUAAUAAAAAGUACCAAGAAAACUCUCUUGCAGCUAGAGAACUGUUUUCAAUUUUCUGUUCCUCACCGUUGUGCCUUCAAACCCAGGUGAUCCCAUACCUGGCUCAGCUUACAAAUCCCUUGAGAAAUACAGCACAAAUUGCAUUUAUCCAGGAUGUUGGCCGAUUACCUUUAAAGAGGCAUUUUGCAAGAAUGAAGCUCGAAGCACUGACAGACAAAGAUCCAGGUGCAGAUGCUGACAGUGAUGAAGAUGAGGAUCCCAGCCAUGUGCCCAGUAUAAAUGAAAGCGGUAAUGCUGUACCUAAACAUAGAGCUGGGCAUAGAGAAUUACUACUACCUUCAAGCCAAGGAGGGGAAGCAGAUUUGCCAGCCAGCCAACCUCAACCUGUAGCAGCUCAAGCAGUUUUGGAAGAUGAAGACUUAAAGAUAGAGGAAUUUGACAGUGACUGAACUUGUCAACAUUGGCCAUUUGCAGGACCUUUUGACUCUACUGACCUUAUUGAAUUGGGGUCUAAAUGGACAUAUUUAUAUUGCUAUACCCCCAUAUGUGUCUUUUGACAAACAUGUCAGUCAUAGCAUCAUAUUUUUAUUGGUCAAAGAGAACUCUGGUUACAAGAGAAGUGUAAUUUCAUGGUGAAACAACCAGGCGCACAUUUUGUGUUUUAUCUCUACACUGCUUGUGUGUACAGAUGUAGUAUUCUCUUCGGCUGUAUCGUCACAAGGGUAUUGCAAGGUGACAAAUAUACAAUGUGAACUGUAGUUUAUUUAAUUCUGCGCUAAACUAUUUUUGUAAAUAAAAAAAAUAAAAAAACUUUUUUUUUUUUUU